CGUUACGUUAUAUGUGGACAAAGUUUUUCAGGUAUAAAAUGAAAAUACCUGUGACGAUGUGAGUGUCUAGCAUUUUCCCUUUUAUCUGGUUAGACAUAUCUUCUUCCUAUGAAAUAAUGGAAUCACGCUUUUCCGCUAAAUAUGAUAAUUUACUUAAAUGGCCAUAUCAAUUAAUACCGGGAGAUCAUCAACAUAGUUUGGAGAGCAUAAGUAGUGACUGCGAUGACGAAGAUAUCAAUGGACUUGUUUCCCACUUAGAAACAAAAUCAGGACAGAUGUUGCAAACACGUGGAUGUCACAGGACCUCAUUUUUAACGAAAUUGCUAUCAAUUGAAAAUAACCGAAAAGGGACAUAUGAAGAUGUAAAAAUCUAUAUAAAAACGCUCUUUGACAAGACCCUUAAAUUGCUACAGGAAACGUACGCAGUGUUUCAAAACAGCAAACUACAUCUAGCCGGAAGUAUGGGAGAGCAAACCAAAGUUGGCAGACCUGAUGAAUUCGAUUUCGUUAUUUUUCUACCACAACUAUCAGAAAUAGAUAUAUUUUAUCCCUACAACAUGGAUACAAAUAAGCAUAUCCGUGACUAUGCCAAAGAUUUUAAUUUUGGUAAUCCGGAUGCAUUUACCGAUGCCAUCAGAUUUGGUAUCCAUGAAUUAAUACUAGCAUCAUUAGUUGAAAAUUUGAAUGAUGAUUGGAAAAUAGUGCUAACGGGUUGCAAUUUCUUUACAAGAAAAACCGCUGUAACCUUCCAUUUGAUACGUAGCACCGACUGCUUUGAAGUAGAUAUCGAUGUUACCAUUUUGAUUCCUUUUAACAAGGCCACACUUUCACCACACGCAGAUGAAUUGAAAAUAAAACAGUCCUAUAUAGAUAAGUUAGCUAACAACGAAGGAGUUAUCUAUGCUAUUUUCAGGUAUGAAAACCACGCUUUUCGACCAAGCAAAGCUCAUCUUGAGAAAGCUCUUUUAAAAACAGAGAGCAGACACAGAGUUUACACUGUAGCAAAACUCAUAGUUAAAACAUUUUUACCGACGAUGGAGGUUCGUGAACAUUGUAAGCGAUGCAAAGAAUCAAUAGUUGGCUCAUAUACACUAAAAAAUAUCCUUUUUUAUAUGAUACAAUUUUAUUCAGAUGAUUCAUAUUGGUCGGACAGUCAGUUUAGCACACGCGUAAUAGAACUCUUUGUUAUACUUAAACAUUGUUAUGACCAAAUAUUUUAUAACUUUGUUGAAUACGUCUCAAUAAAAAGUAAGCAUCUAGAAAACAAAUUAAAGUAUUCACCAUCAUUAAAACUUUUAAUUCCUAAAGAUGCCGUAGCCACAAGCGAUAUCAGACAUGGCGAUGAAUGGAUAAAGCAGGAAAAAGAAUAUGAGAAGUCAACUUUUCUUGAAUUGAGCGAAAUACAUUUCCAAAUGAAUGCAAAACGAUUUGGUUCAAAUGCAGAGUUAUACACAAGGAUAGGUAUUAAAGACAAAGUGAAGUUGUACUAUGGAUAUCUUGAUGAAGAGAUCGAUUUUAAUCCAUUCGAAAGUACACCAGGCAAACGAAAGACUGAUUCAAAAGAACCAGAAUGUGUCCUAAAGGAGGCAAUUCCUCUUUCGUGUCUUCUCCCCUCCGCAGAAGAGUUAUUUGAUAUUAUUGACGAUGUCUCCUUCAAAAGAGAGGUAGAAAAGUACUUUUGUUUUCUGCAAAAAGAACCUUGGGAUUUUAAGGAGGUGGUUACCAAACUAGUUCAGUUACUUUUAACAAAGUAGAUCACAAAGGAGAAAACAAAUAUUUUACAUUACAUACAGUUGUAAAGUUAGAAAUAUUUGAAGGACAUUAAGGACACAAUAACAUAUUUUUGGAAUAAUUUUAGAAAUAUAUCAGAGUUUAAUAUGGAAGACACUUUGAAUUAUCCAUUAUUGUCCAAUCACUUGUAUAUAAAAUGUAGUCAAUUAACAGUAUAUAUUUAUGUUAUUAGAUAGGUGUAUUCUACAAUAGCAAACGUUUACAUUUCGUUUAAUGUUUUUGCAAUGUUUCUUCCAAAGUGUUUUGUUUGAGAAGACGAUAAUGUGGUUUUAAUUUUAUUUGAUUUUGGUGAUUAAAACCAAUUCAGCUGUUGUUAUCCAUUCGUUUGAUAUGUUUGAGCUUUUGAUCUAACCAUUGAUAAUAGUCUUCGUGUUUUUAGUUUUCCUCGGAUUUCAGUAUUUUUGUGAUUUUACGUUUUUCAGCACUAAGCUAAUAACUUAUGGAAAUCCAACGGGGUCAAUAUUCUUAAUUCGUAAUUUAACUUGUCAAUUCGUAACGUGUAACUGUGUUAUUUCUAAAUUGUAAAUUCGUAAAUUGUUAAUGUGUAACUUGGUACUGUAAAAUUCAGAAUGCUUAAUUCGUAAAUUGUCAAUUUGUAACUUGCACCUUUGUAGUUUCAACAUUCCUAAUCGGUAAACUGUCAGUUUGUUAUUAGUAACUGUGCAAUUUCAUAAUGCUUCAUUCGUAAA